UAGAAAACUGGGCGGGGCGGACUGUAAUGUAAUUUAGAUGGGUUUCUGGCAACAUGUCAUACUUUAGAUAGGUUUCUGCUAACACUUCAACUGUUUGAGACAAUUACUCCAUUAACAUUUGUUUACGCCUAAUUUGGUUUUAAGAGCUGGUGAAAAAAACUAGAAAGGUAUUGGAAGUUUGGCGUCUUCAUCUAUCUGUUUCAGAAGGAAACUUUUCGAUGAGAGUUUGGAACAUUCCUUUUGAUGAGCGAAGUAACUGCUGUUGUUUUUCUUUUCCCUUUUGGAGCUGCUUUCGUCGGUUUUAAAAGCCACGAGAGCUAUUAUUCUAGCUCCUAUGAGCAAGAAUGUUGUUUCCGAUAUGCUAAUGGAGCGGUACCUAGGAAACUCAACGUUUAAAAUUUUUCUAAGGCAAAUAUUUGCUAAUGUCUUACUUGAUUUAAUUAUUUGUUAUUUGAUAAACUGCAGGAUCGUCUGUGUUACUUUCAUCAAUAACUCAAUGAACCUUAGCGUUAGUUGUUAUUUUUUUUUUAAGUCUUAGCGUUAUUUAACAUGUCAAAUGUUAUGAUUCUCCAUCGUAAGAUCAUGAUAAAGUCCCCUUUACUUGAUAUUAUAUUAGUAUAGCGCUAGCGUGCUACAACUGGCAUAGUCUAUGCUGUCAUGUUUGACAUUUGCAAUGAGAUAUGUAUUUUUUUAAAGGUGAUGGCGCAUGGAUGAUAGUAUUAUGCGAUUUACUUAAAUGAGUGGACAUCGAUACUGAACUGAAGACUUGUUCCAACCAGAAAAUUGAAAGGUUAAAAAUUGCAGGGCGAAAUGUGGUGGUAUCCUGUGUUAUGACGGUAUUCUAUCAUGAACUUGGAUUCCCAAAUUUUCUAUUCACACCUACAGUGGUAUUUAGUUGCUUCAAUCAACUGCUUCGCUCACACAUGUAAUUCAGUGGCCAAUAAUAUCAUGCCUUCUGGGCAAUAAAAUUCCAAACAUCUGCAUUGCAUUAUCAUUAUCCUUAUAAUUAUGAAAGGAAUCUAUAAUCUAUUGAGAGCUGUAAAACAAAUGACAAGAAAAGGAGAGGACGUAUCAAGUAUCGUCCUCCACAUCCAAGUGGGCGGAGCUAUUGAGAGAGCCCGUAUAAUCCUCAUCCAAAUGGACAUCAAUACUUUACAUUGUAAUGAAUGUUGCGGUAUCAUUAUUCUUAUGGUGUAAAGUAUUAUUUGUAAAUAUACCCAUAUAUUUGCGCUGUAUGUUCCCUUUGCUAACCAGGUUCUUGCGUCUCCCAUGGGAAAAUAACUGCUCUUUUCACUUGUGUGUGGCGGUCAGGUAGUGUGGGUUUGGUUUGUGCACAUUUGUGGAUUGGUAAAUUCCAACACAUUGAUUUUACAAAAGAAAAAUGGCUCUUGAAAGUAGAUUUUCAACUGUUGUUGCCACUUCCGCAAAGCCAGUGAAUUGAUCAGAAAUAGAUUCUUUGCUACCCGGGCUUGUCUUCAUUGAAAAAGAAGAUUGAAGAUGCUGUUAUUCGUGCUGAGAUGUUCACACCAACUGCCCUGGAAGUUGAGGAAGCGAGAUGGAGCAAGCAGGAAGAAAUGAUACGUGACUCUAACCUCUGGGAUGAUCCAGCUAGAUCUGAUAGAAUUCUAGUCAAGUUAGCUGAUGUUGCUAAAGUGGUUGAUUCUCUCAAAGACCUGACAUUUAAGGCAGAAGAAGCGAAGCUGAUCACAGAGUUGGCUGAUAUGAAUGACAUCAACUGUGGGCUAUUUAGGCAAGCAUAUAAUGCAUCUUUAGAUGUUAGCAAGUUUUUGGAUCAUUACAGGAUGUCCAAGCUUCUUAAGGAGCCAUAUGACUUGGAGGGAGCAUGUGUAAUUAUUAAUGCUGGAUCUGGAGGGAUUUACCCUAAGAUCUGGGCAGAACAACUCCUAAGCAUGUAUGCCAAGUGGGCCAAAAAGCAAGGUUACAAAGGAAGGGUAGUUGAGAAGUGUUCUUCAAAGAAUGGUGGCAUCAAGUCGGCCAUGAUAGAGUUUGAAUCUGAGUGUGCUUAUGGCUAUCUUUCAGGGGAGAGGGGUGUUCACUCUCUGAUAGGUUCUCAGAAUGGAUGUAUUCUGCUUGAGGCUUCUGCAGUAUGUGUGGACAUUGUUCCCCUCUUUCUCAAAACAACUUAUGACUUGCAAAUCGAUGAUGUGGAUUUGGUUGUAUCAUCAUCCUCAAUAGAUCAAAGUGGAACUGAACCAGCCAUUUGCAUUCAGCAUAUUCCUACCGGAAUAAAAGUUCAAUCCUCAGCCGAGAGGAGCCGCUUUGCGAAUAAAAUCAAGGCCCUUAAUCGAUUGAAAGCCAAGCUUCUUGUAAUAGCAAGGGAGCAAGGAGUGUCCAGUGUAACUAGCAUAAAGAGAGAUGCCAUUGUCAAGUUAUGGCAAAAGGAAACUCGAAGGUAUGUGUCUCAUCCAUUCAAGCUAGUACAAGAUGUGAAAACGGGCAUUGAAUUGUCUGACCUGGAUUCUGUUUUGGAUGGAAAUAUUGAACCUUUUAUUGAAGCUCAUAUCAAUAUGAGAUAGUCAUGUGCUGCUUUUUCAUUUUUUAUUAUUACAAGUCAGCCAGUCAUGUGAUAUGAUCUGAAUCCACCCCUUUUCAAUUGAUCAAUUAGUCAUCUGAGAUUUCUGAACCCGUGAUGCUUUACUUUCUCUAUACUUUAAUAGAGUUGCUAUAGUUUCUGUU